UGAUUUGGGUCCAUGGAUGGCGAGCUGCUCUCCUGAUAGGCGCACCCGCGCAACGUGCCCACUUGCAACGCCCAAUCCAGCCAGCCCGUAGCCGCGCUGGUGAUCUCGCCCGCAGCAGCCUGUCCAACUUUCCGGCUCACCGUCAUACCAGCCAGGAGCUCCACGCCCUCUCGUAACCAUGUUGAAUUCUUCCGACUCGCACCGCCGCCGCAAAAAAGAUCCUGACCGCGAGCGUCGCAGCCCUCGCAGCAGGGACAAGGACAGGGAUAGGGAUAGGGAUAGGGAACGCCAUAAGAGAAGCCGCUCCCGCAAGACCCGCUCGACAGCCGACAAGGACGACGACCCAGACAAGCCGCCGUCGCUACCCAAACGCCCCUCUUCGGAGCGAGUGCGCUCGUCGACGUCGACGUCGACGCUGGCGUCCUCGCAGGCGUCCAAGUCACACAAAAUGGCCGUCGUGCCCGAAAUGAGCCGCCGCGGCUCGUUGGGCUCGGACAACACGUCGAGGAUCAGUCUCCCCUACCCGUCGCAUUCCAAGACGUAUGCGAAAGAGAGCAUCUACGCCAGAGACCCCGUCGACAGGCGAAAGUCGACAAUGACUCCCGACGCCACGGACGCUGAGGCAUCGUCAGCAGAAAAAGACGAUGAGCAGCCGACUCAGCCGCCCAACCGAGUGCCGCCUCAGCCAUCGCGAGCACCACCGAGCCCCCCGCUUACUGCGACGACAGCCGCAGACUUGAGGAGGGCUGCCAGCGCAAACAGCAUGGGGCGCAAGGACGCAGACAUUAUCGCCAGGGAGACCGAGGACGGUCGCCGCAGUGUGGACAGCGGCACGCGCAUGACAUCGCACGCAGGACCACGAAUCGCAUCGCGCUCUAGUGUCCGAGAGGGCGAUGAAUUCGACGGCACUGACCUCACCUCGACUACUGGAUCGCAGCCCAGCACCAUCCGCGCAAAGUCGCCCCAAUUGGCCCCGCGAACCAAAACGGCAAGCCCUUCGAAUGCCCGACCACCAGGCAGGACUUCGACGCCAGUAAGAACGUCGACACCAACCAGAACAUCAACCCCGGCCAGGACUUCGACGCCAAUUAAAUGCAAAGCCAGACCCAAAGUACCCUCUGAAUACACUAUAGACUCGGAUGUCACGUCGGUCAUCCAGGAUCACAAUGCCCACCAUCGAGGCCCCUCACCUCCACCGUCGGAUGCGUCGCCCUCGUCAGUCGUAGAUUCAUCGCCGCGCACGCCAACCCAGCACUCGGUCCUGCCUUCUGUCGUAUCCUCUGCCAAAGACGGACCCUCGAUGAUUGAGGUCGUGACUGAUCCCAUGUCGCGGACGCAAUCGGUGGACCCCAGCUAUGCGCAGCAGCCCAUGACGACGCCCCCGCCUCCACCGCCUCCACCAGCCAUGAUGGAAGCCCCGCGGGUCGACUACCUGCUGCAGAACGGCGGCCUCGCCAAGCCGAUCCCACGAAGCCUGCUCGCAGCCAUUGACGGAGUGCCUGCCUCUGCCUAUUCUCACUACACGACGCCCCGGCUCUCUGGCGCACAAGCUCACGAUGUCCGGUCUUUCUUCAAGCCACUACAGAAUGUUCUCAAUAGCUACAAUACCGUCAUGGACACGAGCGGUUCACUGGCGGUUGCCACGGGCUACCGUUCGGUUGCGCGGCGCCUACUGGACCGCCUUGAAAAUGUGUUUGCUCGCAACAUUUCUUCUGAGCACUGCGAGUGCAUGAUGUGCUUCGACCGACCCAUUGUGGAGGAUUCUGCCGGCGUCAACUGGGGAGAGGUUCUGGAACUGGUUUCGGGACGCUGUGAACUACCGCCGUGGCCACCCUACGAAGAAGGGCCUGGGCCUGGGCUGGGUAUCUCGUCGUCCGACUUGGAAGCACCAUGCCAACGCAUCGAUGUCGAUGUUCCUGAGCAGUAUCGCGAGCACUAUGAGAAGCAAUCGAAGAAGACCAAGGUGGCUGUGCAGUCUUGGCUGUCUGAUCAGCAAGACAAUGUUCCCGAGGACGCCGACGAUGAGACGCUGACGUUCAUCAUGCUCACGCGCUUGGAGCAGCCCCAGCGACCGCUUUUCUACGCACUACUAUGGGGCUUGGAGAAGCUCCCCAAUCCAAGGACACAGAAGCCCGACACUGGCCCGCCGCCGUACCUGACCAAAGCCGGGCUUGCACUACAGCGUCUUUACCGACUGCAUAGCCCACCGCGCGACCAGCUCACUGUCAUGUAUCUUAUCCGGCAUGCAGACAUGCACAACAUGCUGGCUACGCUAGCGGCGGUUACCAAGCACGAGUGGGAGAUUCUGGUGUCUGGGCGGUUUGAUGGAUUCCUCUGGUCUGGGGCUGAAGACCUGCCAGAGCUGAACGGGACUCCACCUCGAACGGGCUCGAGGGCGGGCCAGAUGCGGCCCGCCGACGGCCCGCAGCGGUUCGCAUCACCAUUCAGCCCUUAUUCACGACCUGGGUCAGCGCGACCAGGAUCAGUGCGGCCGCCCGGGGGUGCACCGGUGCAGAUUGACGAAGAGACGGAGAUUGCCGUGCUGGCGGAAAUUGAGCGAGAAAUCUACCUUGGCAUGGAGGCCAUGGAAGACGCAUUUGAGCAGCUACACAACCAGGCCGAGAUGGUACGGCGACGGCUGCGGGAGCGGGCGGCAGCUCUGUCCAUGGUGGCCCAGCAACGCAGGGGAGCUGGCAUGGGUGGGAUUGAAGUGCGGACGGACACGCCAGCCAACAUGCGCGAUGCAGACGAAGGAAUUGACGAUCUGAAGAGCGAGAUUGGGCCUGAUGACUCGGCGAGUAAUGUCAGCAACAAUAGGAGGAGGAAGGCACAUCGAGCACGAGAGAGGAGAACGCCGGCGCCCGUGGAGGAGGAGAGCGAGGAGGAUAUUGCACUGGCAGAACGGAUCCGGAGACGGUUUUGAUGUGAAUGAAUAAAGAUGGCAGGGCGCGGGUAUUUUGAUGGAGUUUCUCCGUCUUUUCUUUUUCUUUCUUACCUUUCUUAUGUCGAUGUUGGCAGGAGUUUUCGCUUUGUCCAUGGAUCGGGCACUACGAUGGUGGAUACGAUACACGGACUAAGAUGACGGCCGAGACAGAUGGAUACCCAAUUAGUGAGGAGCGGGAGAGAAACGAACAGGGCAGUACGAUGUAUGUUGCACUGUAGCUUGGCGACUAUGGCGUUUCUGAAAUGCACAUUGUUUCGUU